CAGUUAUUCUAUUCGACGACUCUGGCAGUAUCAGCCCAAAAAUUUUGAAACGAUGAUCCAAUUUAUCAAGAACUUAAUUGUGAUGUUUUUGGACAAACGAGCACAGGUGGCAGUGGCUAAAUUCUCCACAAGAGUUUCGGCAGUCUUUCACUUUGAGAACUUUGCCGUGAAUAAAGACCCCGAACAACUAAUGAAAGAUGUGACCCAGGCACAGGGCGAUACACACACACCUUCGGCAAUACGUUUUGUUAUAGAACAGAUGUUUUCUGAGAAGGUGGGCAUGCGAAACAACUCUCAGAAGUUAUUGCUGGUGAUUACUGAUGGAAAAUCAAAUGACCCCAAAGAAGACUUUAAGAAUGUCAUCCUGAAAGCCAAUGAAAGGGACAUCACACGAUUUGCCAUUGGGGUUGGUAAGGAGUAUUCUCAUCCUGAGCUGGAGCUGAUUGCUUCAUCUCCUCAAUUUGUUUUUGAGACAGAGAGUUUCAGUGCUCUCACCUUGAUACUAAACCAGCUAAGAGAAAAAAUAUUCUCUAUUGAAGGAACUGACACAGGGAACUUUAGCUCUUUUCAGAUGGAAUUAUCACAAGGGGGUUUCAGUGUGGCCAUUUCAGAGGGUUCAAAGAUUUUUGGAGCGGUUGGGGCAUACUCCUGGUCAGGAGGAAUGGUGCAGGGUCUUACUGAUCAAAUGCUCAAUUCAUCAUUCAUUAAUGCCACAAAUAUGGAGGAGGAUAUUGCAGAUUCCUACUUGGGUUACUCAAUUGCUGUGGCACCAGUAAAUGGUCAUGUUGUGUAUUUUGCGGGAGCACCAAGGCAUAGACACACAGGGCUGGUCCUGGGCUUUAGAGAGAACAAAUGGAACCACAGUUGGACCAUCAUUCAUAGGAUAUAUGGAUCACAGCUCGGCUCAUAUUUUGGGGCAGAAUUAUGUGUGAUUGGAGUUUCUGAGUUUUUAGCAGUCGGGGCUCCAUUAUAUCAUGCUCAUGGAGUGGGAGGAGAGGUCCGGAUAUACUCACUAAACACUACAAUCCAAGAACUCAAAUGCUCAACGAUUUUGCGUGGGGUGAUGGGCAAUGAGUUUGGCCGGUUUGGUACUUCUUUGGCAAACAUACAGGACCUGAAUGGAGAUGGCUUUAAAGAGUUGGCAGUGGGGGCACCUCAAGAAGAGAAGGGCAAGGGUGCAAUUUACAUAUUUUUGGGGCAAUCAGGUGGUAUCAGACCAGAAUACAGUCAGAGAAUAAGUGGAGCAGCUGUAGGAAGUGGGCUGCAGUAUUUCGGAGUUGCUCUCCACUCUGCGGGAGAUCUGACCUCAGACGCUCUUACUGAUGUAGUGGUGGGCUCUAGAGGUGCAGUUACAGUAAUAAGGUCUCAGCCUGUAAUAUGUUUGGCUAUAAAUGUCACCGUUGACCCACCAAUCAUCAGUCAGAAAUUCUUUCAUUGCUCUGUCCCGCUUGAUCGCAACACACCUGUUGCCACAGUUACAAUCUGUGUCACUGUAAAAGAAAUUGCCAAGGGUGAUAUAAAAGGUAAUUUUGGUUCUUUGGUGUCAGUGGCUUUGGAGCUGGAGCUAGACCCUUUGGCCAGAACUCCUCGGCUGUUAUUUGGUUCCAAAUCAGCUUCAUUUCUCCUCACCCUCAAUGGUAACCUGAGCAGCAUUUCUCCUGUCUGCACUACUCUGUAUAUCAGCGUCCAGGAGUGUAUUUCAGACUACCAUGAAGUCCCUCUCACUGUGAAAAUGAAAGUAACAACAGAAGUUAUUCCAGGAACAGAAGGUCUGAGGCCAGUGCUGAGCCCUGACUGCUGCCCUGCAUUUACAGAGAUGGUGGUUCUGGAAAAAGUGUGUGGGGAAGAUCAUGUGUGUACAUCAGAUUUAAAUGUGUCUCUGUCUUUUAAGAGGGAUACUGUAGUAAGUGUUGCUGGUUACCCAGUGAAUCUCUCAGUGGAGGUAUUCAAUAAUGGAGAAGAUUCCACAGAUACAGAGCUUUUCCUUCAUCAUCCCACCAUCCUCUCCUUUACCCGCAUCAAAACGAAUGAUGUGCAGGUUUGGUGUGAGUCCAGUCACAUAGAGCUCUCAAACAUUACAUGCACAGCAUGCAAGCUUGGAACAACACUUUUCCGCCAGAAAGCAAAGACCACGCUGAUGGUGUCAUUCAUGCUGUCUGCACCCUUUUCUGCGAAUGAGCAUCUGGUUGUCAAUGCAUCAGUCACAAGUAAGAAUGAGAACAAUGACACAUCCCUAGAUAAUCAUGCAACUACAUCUGCGAUGGUUAAACGUCCUGUUAAUGUUGUGGUUAAUAAUGGAGGGUCAACUCGAUUUGUUGAAUAUCCUAACUGUGCACAACUUGAGCAUGUUUAUACGGUGGAGAACUUUGGAAAAUUCUCUGUGCCUGUAAAUGUUACCUUUGUGAUUCCAGUGAAGAUGGCUUUAGGUUUCUCAUGGAAUGUAUCUCUUCCUGAAAUUAAUGGAACCAGAACAGUUUGUGAAAAACAAGUUUCCUCUACAAAUGGCAAAAGCCCCAUUCUGACACAUCAUUGCAAUGCUUCUACAUGUCAUCUUAUUGUUUGCUCCAUCCAGCUCUUUCCUGACCAACAAAUCAGAUUCAGGUUUAGUGGGAAUAUAAGUUCAGGCAACCAGGCAUCUGGUUUGCAGGUUCGGAUCACGAGCUGGGUGUUUCUCUCAUUUGACACUGUUAUGUACAUUCAGUAUCCUUCUGAUGACUCUAAUCAGCUCUCUAUUGUGACAGAGCUGGAGUACACGUCUCAGGCUCUCACAGUGCUUACCGCCUCACUCUCUGUCAUUUUUGGACUCAUUGCUAUGACAAUCAUCUUUGUGCUGCUUUAUAAAAGGGGAUUUUUCAAAACUGCUUCAACUGAUGACCAAGACAACUUAGUACUGCGUUCUGCUGGUGAAACUGGCUUGACUGCAGGAACCCCUGAGCUUUAACUCAACAAACUCCAAACUUAGCUCGGCUUUUCAGAUUGAUUUCACAGAAUGUGCUUAACUUCACACCCCUGGACUGUUUAGUUUGUUUUCAUUUACCAUGUGCCAUGUAUGACUUAGUUUCUGUCUCUCAUCUCAUUAUGGUCAGUCAUUCAUUAUACUCAUUAAUUACCCUUUAUAAAAGUUGUAUCUAUUCUAUUCUUUGUUUGGUCUUAUCUACACGGUGUGCAUGAUUUAGGCAAGUUGUACUUUUGAGGAUUAACUUUGCUAUUGUAUAACUACAAUGCUCUUGGUCAAUCCAAAAUAAAACAAACCCUGAACAUUUAAGUAGUAAAAGUGAGGUUUUGGCUUUUUUUAGAGAAUAUAUACACCAUUAUUAGGCAACUAUAAUUGGGCAGAAUUAUUAUGCAACUAAAUGAAGAACAAAGUUUUUCCCAUAUCACUUGUUUAUUUUUUUACCUGUUAAAGUGAGAAUAAAACUCAAAAUUUACUAAAACUAAUGAAACCUCAAGAAGAAAACCUCAGUGGCUAAUAUAGCCACCCUUCUUUUCGAUAACAGUCACAAGCCUUUCAUUCACGGAGUAAGUCAGUUUUUUGAUCUGGUCAAUAUCAACUUUCAACUGUUCAGAGAGGUGUACUGUUUACCUUCACUGUAAAUUUUCUGCUUAAGAAGGGCCCAAAAGUUCUCAAUAGGGUUUAAGUCAGGUGAAGAAUGGGGUUAUGUCAUUAGUUUUUUAUCUUUAAGGCCUUUACUGGCCAGUCACGCAGUGGAGUACUUUGAUGCAUGUGAUGUUGUUCUUGAAAGAUGCAGUAUUUUUCCUGUAGCACUGCUUGAAGAAAGUGUCUUCUAAAAAUUGGCAGUAGGUCUGAGAGUUCCUUUUGAGUCCAUUUUCAACCCGAAAGGUCCAACUAUCUAAUUUUUAAUAAUACCUGCCCAUACCAGUACCCCAGUCGAAGAGUCGAAGUGGAGCUCUGUGUCUAUUACUGAUCCAACCACAAGCCCAUCAAUCUGGUCCGUCAAGCUUCACUCUCAUCUCAUCAGUCUACAAAACCUUUGACAAAUCUGUCUUCAGAUAUUUCUUAGCCCAUUCUUGACGUUUCAACAUAUGCGUCUUGUUUAGAGGUGGUUGGGUUUCAGCCUUUCUUAUCUUGGCCAUGUCUCUGAAAACUAAACACUGUGUACUUCUUGACACUCCUGGUAGCUUCAUGUUUGAUUCUUCUCCAAUAUUUGGCAGUUAAUUUGCGUCUUUUCUUCUUGAAAUGUUUCUUGCGAACCUGUUGACUAUUUGCUACAAAACGUUUGAGGGUUCUGUGAUCAUGCCACAAUAUCUUAAACAUUCCAAGAAUGCUUGUCCUGUUAGUCAGUUAAAUCUCUUUUUUUGGCCCAUUUUUCAUGUAGAGAAGAAUCUGCCUAAUAAUUAUGCACACCUUGAUAUUGAGUGUUGAUCUCCUUAGGCCAUACCCUUCCUCCUUACACAAAUACACAUCACCUGAUAUGUAUUAAAUCCACUAAGCAUUCAAGUUUAUACAGCUUGGAGUUGGAAAUUCUGGGUAAAAAGAUGAUAUGGUCAAAAUAAUCACUUGCCUAAUAAUUGUGCACACAGUGUAUGCAGUAUCUAUGUAAGUGUGUGCUACUCUUCUGUGCAAGAUUACCUCUGUGUGGAUUAUUAAAAGACUGUUUAUUGUAAA